AUGUCCACAACAAGCGGAAACACCACCAACCCUGCGGCUGUGAUUGCAGACCUCAACACGAAGGUUGAGUAUCUCAACGCACGGCUGGAAGAGAUGAAACUCCAGAAGGGAGAAACAUCGGAGAAGAAAGUCGCGAUACCCAAGUUUCCUAAACCUGACACGUUUGACGGAACGAAGGGGGAUGUUCGGACCUUUCUUACCCAGGCCAAAGCCUAUUUGAAGAUCAAUGACUCCAUUGACGAGGAGAGUACCAAAAUCCUCUGCAUUGGAAAUCUCCUUACGGGCAAGGCACUGGAAUGGUGGGAGCCAACUCUCAGAGACUACCUUAACAACAAGGAGCCUGAUGACGAUACCACUCGCAUCUUCAAGAAAUACAAAUACUUUGAAGACGCUCUACAGACCGCAUUUGGCGACCCAGAUGAGAUGCGAACCGCGACGCGCAAGCUCAAAUCCUUGAGACAGACAGGGUCUGCUCAACACUACGCACGCGAAUUCCGACGUAUCGCCAACCGCAUCGAUUGGGAUGACGACAGCCAAAUGGAACUCUUCUAUGAUGGACUCAGAGAGGACGUGAAAGAUGAAAUCGCUAAAGAAGAUCGACCUGGCGAGUUCAACAAAUUUGUCGAGAGGAUCAUCAAGAUCGACAAUCGACUCUACGCCAGACGACUUGAACGUGGUGGAAGGGGCACGAGCUACCGAAGUAACCCCCCACGACGUAACCAGGCGAACACGGGAAAACGCCGAAACGGAUCCACGGCCUACGGAACUCACCCAGGCCCGAUGGAACUCGACGCCACCGGAAAAGAAAAGGGAAAAAAAUGCUAUAACUGUGGGAAGGCUGGACACUUCGCGAACAAGUGCAGAGCACCCAAGAAACAGUGGAAGCCAGUUGCUGAGGGAAAGGGAGUCAACGCGGCUUAUCGCGAGGAUCUACCCGUCCGAAACAUCAGCAUGGUGAAUAGCGAAGAAUACUUCUCGGAUACCGACCGAUUUAUGAAUUACGAUGAACCAACAUCCGAUGAAGACUGGGACUUUGGAACUCAACCUAUCCCAGAUGAGGAAGAAGACCUUAAGGCAAUCAGCCAGGAUACUGAGGAAACCAUUGAUGUGGUUCCUGAGACACCUCCGGAGGAGAUCCGUGCGAAUUACAACCCCAGACUAGUCAGUGCCUUAUCGGCUGGUCCAGGCGACCCUGAACCAGUGGGUGUGAGAAUUCACGGAACCGACGUCUCCCAUCCGGCAAUUCUCAAAUGGAAAUUCAGAGAAGCAGCGAAAGGAGCAAGUCUUGGAGUCUAUGCCUCCAUGGCACAGUACCCAGUACUUGUAACAGGACACCCGGACCAUGCGAAAGUUUCAUGGGCAUCCUGUUCCUUCGACGACUGUGAAACACACCUCUGGAAGAAACUCGAAUACCAAUUCUUUCCCAAAUUCAACCCCGACACAGGAUAUGGUCCGUUCUUGGAAACAGACCUACGAGACUGGAAAAUUCGGAGGAGAUACCCAAACCAUUUGGACUUGAAGAAAAACAAGACACACUAUGUUGAGGACGAAAACGCCUACACUAUCCGCGCUUUACCGCUAAGACCUGCGGGAGGAGGAAACAGUGUACCUGCGAGCAGUUCGCUUAGACCGAACUCGAUCGACAUAGAUGGUAGAUCAGAUGAUCACCAAGAGAGCUCCAACGCCAAGGUGGCGAUCAACGCAAUCCAUUCAACCUCAGCCAUCGAUUGA